CUGGACGAGCGUAACCCAAGCGCCAGUGCGUCUCGAGAUUUCGCGCCGAAAGCAACUAUAAAAGGAGCACGAUUUCUAUCAACUGCUACUCAGGCAACCUUCCCUUCGAUAUCUCAAACUUUUUUCACCGUAAAGUGUCGAGUAAACUUGACUUUUGGUAUAAAACCAUUCACCGAAUAUUUCUCGCGACGUUUUCACGCGGCAACGAAUUCGCAUUUAUAACAACAAUAUACAUACAUUAAGCACAUUAAAUUGAACACAUUCACCAUGGCUGUGCUACUGAAGGCUCUGCUCGUCUGUUCGAUGGUCUGUUUCGCUAUGGCUGCGGAGAAUCCCCAAGUUAAUCAAGAACAACAGGCUCGAUCCAGGGUUUCCGACGAUCAACUCGAGAUCGCUUUAAAUGACAAACGUUACCUCAUGCGGCAACUGAAAUGCGCCCUUGGCGAAGCACCGUGCGAUCCGGUGGGACGACGAUUGAAAAGUCUGGCACCGCUCGUCCUCCGAGGUGCAUGCCCGCAAUGCAGCCCCGAAGAAACUAGGCAGAUUCAAAAAGUUCUCUCACAUAUUCAAAGAAACUUCCCGAGGGAGUGGUCCAAAGUCGUCCGACAGUACGCCGGUGUUUAACAGAACCCAAUAUAAAGUUUAUCGGUAAAAAACUAAACAAAGUUCACAUAUACAUAUACUAUAAUAUACCUACGUAUAUUUUGUACACAUUUAAGAAACGUAGAUAUACAAAACCGGUGCUGUUCAACUGAACCUGGUACUAUAAAUACAAUUAUAAUGUCGGAUAAAAGCGAAUCGUGACGACUCUAUUUUUUUUUUUUUUUUUGUGUUCUAAUUUCAUUUUGUUUUCAUUUUUAAAACGACUCUAAUCGUUGUUGUUAAUAUUAUUAUUGCAUUAAUAUUAUUGCCAUUAUCAUCACUAUUAUUAAUAUUAUUUCUCAUCCAUACUCUCAUUAUAUUCAUCGUACUGUCACCUCAAUACACCAUGUCUGUUAAUAAAAAUUCUUCGACACAUCA